AUGGCGGUCAACCGACUCCGCAGCGCGCUGGCGGUGCCUCGCAAGGGCGAGACGUACGAGCUCCGUGCUGGUCUGGUGUCGCAAUACGCCUACGAGCGCAAAGAGUCCAUCCAGAAGACCAUCAUGGCCAUGACACUAGGAAAGGACGUGUCCGCACUCUUCCCCGAUGUGCUCAAGAACAUUGCUACCGGCGACCUGGAUCAAAAGAAGCUCGUCUACCUAUACCUCAUGAACUACGCCAAGAGUCAUCCGGACCUCUGUAUCCUAGCCGUCAACACUUUCGUUCAAGAUUCAGAAGACCCCAACCCUCUGGUCAGAGCGUUAGCUAUCCGUACGAUGGGAUGCAUUCGAGUUGAUAAGAUGGUCGAUUACAUGGAAGAACCGUUACGAAAGACGCUGAGAGACGAGAGUCCCUACGUGCGAAAGACUGCUGCCUUGUGCGUGGCCAAGCUAUUCGACCUUAACCCUUCCAUGUGCUUGGAGAACGGCUUCCUGGAGACAUUGCAGGAGAUGAUUAGCGAUUCAAACCCAAUGGUUGUCGCGAACUGUGUUACCGCUCUGGUAGAGAUUGGAGAGGCAGCUCCUGAGACCAACGCCAUGAUCGUCACACCUCAGACACUCAAGAAACUUCUGCUGGCCUUGAACGAGUGUACUGAAUGGGGUCGCAUUACUAUUCUAUCCACCUUGGCCGACUACAAGCCGAAGGAGCAGAAAGAGGCAGAGCACAUUUGCGAGCGCGUUGUACCGCAAUUCCAGCAUGCCAACCCUAGUGUUGUACUGGCCGCUGUCAAGUGUGUCUUCUUGCACAUGCAGAACAUCAACCCCGAACUUGGCAGAACGUAUGCGAAAAAGAUGGCCCCUCCGCUGGUCACCCUCGUCUCUUCUCAACCCGAAGUCCAAUAUGUCGCACUUCGCAACAUUGACCUCCUCCUCCAAAAGCAACCCUCUCUCUUGUCCAAGGAGAUGCGAGUCUUCUUCUGCAAAUACAACGACCCACCGUACCUCAAGUUCCAAAAACUACAAAUCAUGGUCCGCAUCGCCAAUGACGCCAAUGUGGAGCAGUUGCUCGCCGAGUUGAAAGAGUAUGCCAUGGAAGUAGACAUGGAUUUCGUCAGAAGAGCCAUCAAGGCCAUCGGUCAGGUGGCCAUAAAGAUUGAGAAUGCCUGUGAAAGAGCCGUCAAUGUUUUGCUUGAACUCAUCAACACCAAGCAAGCAUACGUCGUGCAAGAGGUGGUCGUCGUCAUCAAGGAUAUCUUCAGAAAAUAUCCUGGAUACGAGGGCAUUAUUCCUACUUUGUGUCAAUGUAUCGACGACCUGGAUGAGCCCACUGCGAGAGGUGCUCUGAUCUGGAUUGUCGGUGAAUACGCCGAGAAAAUCAGCAACGCUGGUGACAUCUUGACAGGCUUCGUCGAAGGUUUCGCUGAAGAAUUCACACAGACACAGCUUCAAAUUUUGACAGCAGUAGUGAAGCUCUUCCUGAAGAAGCCCGACCAAGCGCAAGGUCUGGUGCAGAAAGUGCUCCAGACCGCAACAGCAGAAUGUGACAACCCAGAUAUUCGCGACAGGGCAUAUGUCUACUGGCGACUACUUUCGAGUGAUCCUCAGAUCGCCAAGAACAUCGUCCUCGCACAAAGGCCAGCCAUCACAUCAACCAUCUCAACCCUCCCGAUACCGCUGCUCGACUCGCUCAUGCCAGACCUCUCCACACUCGCCUCGGUCUACCACAAGCCGCCACAGACCUUCCUCGGCCAAGGUCGUUCAUCUGCAAACGCUUUGCAACAAGCCGCCAUCGAAGAAGCAGCCCAGAACGCACUGGAAAACCCAUUGGCAGCUGCAGCCGCCGCAGCCGCAGUCUCAGGACAUGGCAGCAAUGUUCAAAGCCACGCCGAAAAUCUCCUCGACAUUGACUUUGACGGUGCAGCACCAGCGAGUAUGCAAAAGGCACCCACAGGCGGCUCAUCGGGACUUGAGGGUCUUGCAGGUACACCCAUGCGUGUCGCUAGUCCGACGAGCAACGACGCACCUAUCGGUGGCGGCAUGGAAGAUCUCAUGGGCAUGUUCGGCUCCUCCGGUGGUGCUUCUACUGCGCCCACUGCCGGAAACUCCGGCUCUGACGACUUGAUGAAUGGAUUUGCAAGCUUGAACAUGGGAGCUUCACAACCGCCCCCACCGCAAACACAGCUGGACGGAGGCGGCAAAAAGGCCAAUGAAGAUAUUCUCGGCCUCUUCUAA